AUGGCCAGCGGCAGGAUCCUCGUAGCAGCCAUGGCCACCGCCGCCGCCGCCUCGUCCCUGUUGGGCAUGGCCUUCGCCGCAGCGUCUGUCGCCGCGGCGGUUUUCGGCUACUUCUUCUGCUACCAGGUGGCCUGGGCUGGCGGGGAGAAGGAAAUAUACGCGGCGCAUGUGCUUGCGUGCAUGGCCGCCGCCGCGCGGUUUAAUCAAGUUAUGGCCACUAUGGUUGAAGGGUGUGUUGGUCCCAGUGAGCUUCACCUGAAGAAGGAACUUAUUGCCUUGAGAAAGGCACGUUUCUUGCGUGAUCCUGAAACAUGCUCAUCCUGGAGGUCCCCGUUAAGCUCUAAAUCAUUCUUGACAACUUCUGGUGUUAUAAAUCACAAUGAGGUUGGCAGUAGUUUGUCAGAAAAGCACACAGAGCCAGCUGCUGCACCGCCCAAAAGUGAAAAGAAAAGAAAAAACGUUUAUCUCUACAACUGGAGACACCAUUCUAACAGAUCUAGUGAAAGUGGAGUGAAGUUAGAUGUGGACGACAGACAAGCCUCAGCAGACUGUAGUCUGGAAAGCCCAUGUAUUUCUAACGGUAUGGACUCUAGGAGUGACACAUGUCUGGAAGUUCCUGUCAGCAUAUACAGUGUUCAAGGUUCGAAUUCAUGCACUCCUGUUAAAAGAACUGUUAGAAGGGUGAGGAGAAGUUCAUUCUCAAAGAAAGGAGCUAUGAGAAAUUCGACCGUUUCAAAGUUGUUAGAUCUCCAUGUGAACUCUGGUGAGCAGUCUGAGGAUACUGAGAACUACAACUCAGAGACUCAUGAGCAGCUUCAGAAAGUAGGGUAUUUUUCUCACUCUACAUCACCACUGUUUGCUGCAUCAGGGUGUUUUAGCUCAACAAAUCCUUCUAAGCUGUUGAGAGUGCCAAGAAGAGAAGGAUCUUCCUUCUCCUGUACUCCGGUCUCCACUAGCUCCUAUUACAGGUACAAAGGGAGGAAUCCUAGCACUGUAGGCUCAUGGGAUGGAACAACUGCUGCUUCACUUGAUGACGAUGGGCUGAACCAACCAGAACUGUUGGCAAAUCAGAGGUGUGGCAUUCCUUGUUAUUGGUCAAAGAGGAGUAAACACAAGGGAUCUGAAAGGAGUUGUUCUCCUUCACUUUCUGAUACACUUAGAAGAAAAGGCAGCAGUCUUUUGUGUGGAAGUCAGACAAUGCAUGGGAGAAAGAAAUCAUCAGGCUCCAAUAAAUAUGGAUAUCUUAAAAAAUCUUCCCAAGGUGUACCACUGUUGGGUGAUAGUAGUCAUUUUGCUUAUUCAUCAUUUGAUUCAGCUAGUGAUGAAGUAUCGACCAUCUUUGGAGAAUUAGAUCUGGAAGCUUUGAGCCGUUUGGAUGGCAGAAGGUGGUCAAGCUGUAAAAGCCAGGAUGGGAUUGCACUCUCUGUGAGUGGAGCUGAUCAUGUAGUUUCAGAUCACAGAAGCUUGAGCCAAAAAUAUCGACCAAGGUCAUUUCUUGAAAUUGUUGGUCAAAACUUUGUUGUACAGUCACUUAGUAAUGCGAUCACAAGGGAAAGAAUAGCUCCGGCAUAUCUGUUCCAUGGGCCUCGUGGGACAGGAAAAACAUCUUCUGCAAGAAUACUUUCAGCAGCUUUAAGUUGUACUGCUACUGGAGAGACCAAGCCCUGUGGAGUUUGUACCGAGUGUAGUGAUUUUUUCACUGGAAAUGGAAUUAAUCUAAUUGAGGUUGAUGCUACCAACAGAAAAGGUAUAAACAGAGUAAGGCACUUGAUUGAAAAUAUACCAGCAUCUGCAACUUCUUCGCGGUACAAAGUAUUUGUCGUCGAUGAAUGCCAUAUGGUAUCUUCUAAAGUCUGGUCAGCAUUUAUGAAAUUUCUUGAUGAACCAUUACCUCGUGUUGUCUUCAUAUUUAUAACAAUAGACCCUGAAAACCUUCCCCGUUCUGUCAUAUCACGUUGUCAAAAGUACAUGUUCUCCAAGAUCAAAGACAUUGACAUAGUAUGCCGGCUGAGGAAAAUUGCUAUGAAGGAAAACCUUGACGUUGAAUUGGCUGCUCUAGAUUUAAUAGCACUAAAUUCGGAUGGAUCAUUGAGAGAUGCAGAGACAAUGUUAGAUCAGUUGUGUUUACUAGGGAAGAAGAUAACACCAUCACUUGUAAAUGAUCUGGUUGGGGUUGUGUCUGAGGAGAAACUCCUUGACCUAUUGGAGAUAGCCAUGUCAUCAGACACUGCCGAAACAGUCAAAAGGUCGAGAGAGCUGAUGGAUUCUGGUGUUGAUCCAAUGGCAUUAAUGUCACAAUUAGCUGGGCUCAUAAUGGACAUCAUUGCUGGGACCUAUAGAUUGGCGGACCCUACUUGCGGUGGAGAUGGAAUCGGUGGUCGAAAUAUAACUGAUGCUGAAUUGGAAAGAUUACAACAAGCGCUGAGGAUUCUUUCUGACGCUGAAAAGCAGAUAAGACUUUCAAGCGAGCGUUCGACCUGGUUCACUGCUGCUUUACUCCAGCUUGGUUCUGGUCAUAAUUCAGAAAUAACUCAAUCAAGAUGCAGCAGUAAGCAAAGUGCUAAAGCAACCAGCGAAACCGUAAUGGAAGCAGUGAGAGAAUCCUCUGCGAGCAGGACUACAUCUCAUCAAUUAUCCACUUUUCCUGAUUCAAAGAAAAUAGUGGAUCUGAAAACAACCAGUGGGCACUCUAGUCCUCAGGGCCUUGCUUCAUUAUCCUCCAGGAUGAGACCCAAUGAAAACAUGAUUUAUGCUGAGUGUAGGUCUGUUGAUAGAGCAUUAUUGGAUUCUGCUCAAAUAAGUAUUUCUUCUGAGCAAAUGGCUAUGAAUAGUGGAAUCUCAGAUAACCUUACCCGAAUUUGGAGGAAUUGCAUAGAGAACUGCCACUCCAAGACAUUGCGGCAGCUUCUCUAUGAUCAUGGGAAACUAGCAUCUGUCAAAGAAUGUGAAGGUACCAUUGUUGCUUUUAUAGCAUUUGAGGACAAUGAUAUAAAGUUUCGAGCCCAAAGAUUUAUUAGCAGCAUCAGAAAUGCAAUGGAAACUGUACUGAAGUGCAAUGUGGAAGUCAGGAUUUGUUUAGUGCAAGAAUUUCUUGCUGGAGGACUAAAGCAUGAGACAUACCCGGAUGAGACAGCUGAAUCUGAUGUCUUGAGUUGUUCAACGAACAGUGAACGCCGAAAGGGUGUUCUGAAUCUAUCAGGUGCUGGUGGAGUGCAGCCAAGCAAUGUUCCCAUGAUCAUCUCUGAUGAAAAUUCAGGAAUGCACAGAACAAGAGGCCAGGAUGUUUCUGUUGGACAGUUGAAGAUAUCAGCUCUUGAUGAACAAAGGUUAGAGAGUGCAUGGCUCCAGGGUGCUGAAAAAACCAUGCCUGGUAUGUUAAAUCAAGCUAGACCUGAGAGAAAUCAAAUUCUUCCACAAAAUGGUGGUCAGCAUCAUGGGAGGUCCUCAGUGGCCAGCAUUGUUACCUCAAGGCAUGUUGACAAGGAUCUGUCCGAUGAACUGAAAGCCUUAAAGAUCAGUGACAGUCAUGGUCCCCAUAAAAGUCAAAAUGUACAGAUGGAGAAUGGUUAUGCCAUUUCACCAAGCCUUUUGCAUAGAAAUAACCAUUUGGCAAAUUGUGACAAUGAGAGCGUGGUUUCUGAGUCCGGAGCACCUGGUUGCCAUGGGCUCUUCCCAUGCUGGAAAGCUGAAAAAACGAAAAGGAGAAAGGGCAAAGGGCAGACACGGUUGAGGUCAUCUUAA